CCAGGCAGAGCCCAGUGAAUUAGAAGGGGCGGGGCUACACGAUAGAAGAGGAAGUGGUUGAUCUGUGCUGCAGAUUUGAGCUUUUGUGAUGGAAGUCUAGUCGAGCUGAAUGCCUGGUGUAAGGUGAGAUGUCACCUCCCUUGUCUGGGCUGUUUGUUGAUUCAGAUUUUGCAGCUAAGGUUUCAUCGUUGGUACAUGGAGGGGACACACAACUGGCUUUGCUCAGUGAUAAUAUUUCAUGGCAGAGGCCUUUGGAUAUCUGUGCAUCCCCAAGUUUAUUCUCAGAAAAAAAACGGCUUAAUUUGGGGAAGCAAGGAAUUCUGGGAGACUGCUGGUUCAUAUGUGCUUGCACAGCACUGCAGAAAUACGAUCGACUUCUUGGUCAGGUUUUCCCUGAUGGUCAAUGUACUUGGACUGAUCCCAAUUAUUUGGGCCAAUUCACAUGCAGAUUUUGGUGCUUUGGCCGCUGGGUUGAGGUGACCAUUGAUGACAAUCUUCCAUGCUUAGGAAACAAGCUCUGCUUUUCCCACUGCCAAGACCAAGGGGCCUUUUGGCUGCCAUUGCUGGAAAAAGCUUAUGCGAAGCUACAUGGCUGUUAUGAAGCUUUAUGGGCUGGACAGGUAGCUGAUGCUCUGGUGGAUCUCACAGGAGGUCUUGUGGAGAGAUGGUUUCUGGGGUCUGAGGAUGAAAGUGGCAGAGAAAAACUGUUCAGCAAAUUAGUUUCAUUAAAAGAUAGAUGUGCAAUGUGUUGCUCGGUGCUUCAUAACAGAGAACGAGUGGUGGAGUUAGGAGAACCACAUGCCUACACAAUCACUGAUAUUCAACAUGUAGUCACUAAGGGUUGCAAAGACUUGUUGCUGCUCCGCUUGCACAACCCCUGGGGAAGAAGCAGCUGGGCUGGCUCUUGGUGCAAAGGAGGUGAUGGUUGGAAUGAUCUGGACCCCAAAGACAGCACUCAGCUGCUUUCUGGAGUACAGGAAGGAGAAUUCUGGGUAGAAAAGCAAGAAUUUUUGCAAGAGUUUGAUGAAGUCACAAUAGCUUUUCCUUGCAGCCACGAAGGGCACUUACAAUGCAUUUGGACAGAUUCAUUAUUACUCUACAAGCAGCAGAUAUACGGAUCCUGGGUUAAAGGUCAUAGUGCUGGUGGAUCUCGUAACAACAUUACUUUUUCUGAAAAUCCCAAAUUCUGGUUGCGAGUGAAAGAACCAAGUGAAGUGUUUCUGUCACUGAUGCAAAUACCUCAUGGUGGAGUCGAAAUUCCAGAACCUGUGCAUGGUGUAUAUCGGAGAAAUUUGAGGCUAAACAGGACAGCCUUAAACGCUGUUGGCACUUAAAAUGAUGUGAGUUUAUUUUUCCCCUGUCAGGUGGAGAAACGUUGAUUUAAGCUACAAAAGACCCUUUCAUCUCUGCCUUUGGCUGGUACUUCAUCUCACUGCUAUGAUCGACAGCUGCAUCUAUGCUGCAACCUUUCCCCUGGGUAUCACCUACUGAUCCCCAGCAUCUUCCUCAGGGAGGCAGAGGGGAACUUCUUGCUGCACAUCCUUUCCACUGGCAACAUCACACUGAGUGAAUGUGCACCAUCUUGGGAUAUGUCAUCUGCCAGUGCUGAUUUGACAUGUGGAAUGUGGGAGACUCAAGAGCUACGUGGACAGUGGAAGAAGGGAAGCAAUGCAGGAGGAAGUAGAAACUUUGAUUCUUACACCAUAAAUCCCUGUUUUCCCUUUUCUGUGCCUGAUGGUGCUCCUCAAAUAAGGCUGACACUUCGGCAGCAGCACAGUGGGGAGAAAUGUCAUGCUAUUGGGUUCCAUGUAUACUCCGUAACUAGCAAUGAAAGUGUUAUUUCUAAUUCAUUGGAACCAUGCGUUAAGUGCAUUCCUCACAGCCACUGCCAAGAAGUGUCCAAACUUUGUGUUCUCCCACCUGGACAGUAUACCCUUGUGCCUUCAACCUACCUACCUGACCAGGAGUCUAACUUUACUGUAACUAUUGCCACAAAAAUUGAGAGAAAACCAAUACAGAGUCUUGAAACACUUGGCAAGGUUCUGCAGGAGGUCUCUUUUGUAUCUGUAAUGAAGUAAAGUACACAAUACAUCAAGAAAAUUCUCUUUGCUGGUGUAUGGCUCAGAACGCCAUUAAAAAUUAUUUAUUUUUCUUAAA